GCGUGUUCCUAUUUACCGAAACGUCUUGAAACAGGUUCACGCCGCGACAGAAGAGCAGCUCGGCGCCGUGAGGCGGUCGAUAAGCAGGUCCACGUUGAGUCAGGAUGAGCGCGAGAGUCUAAAGUAAGUUGAUCGAAAUGAAGUUUAACGGAUAUUUGAAGCUUCGGAUCGGCGAGGCGGUGGGACUGAAGCCUACCACCUUCUCCCUUCGCCACACUGUCAUCUUCAACAAAGCCUCCCCGGCCCUGGACCCCUACAUGGUGGUGAAGGUGGACGACUUCAAGAUUGGACAGACCCUCACCAAACAGAAAACCAACACGCCGACGUUCAACGAGGAGUUCUGCCUCAACGUGAACGACGCGAAACAAAUCGAGGUGGCGGUUUUCCACGACACUCCGAUCGGAUAUGACGACUUUGUGGCCAACUGCAUUGUUCAGUUUGAGGAUCUCAUCAAAACCUCCAACACCGGAGAAACAUUCGAGGGCUGGAUGGACUUGGAGCCAGAGGGCAAAGUCUACAUUCAUAUUACGCUCACUGGAUCCUUCACUGAUGAUGACGCCAUAGUGAAAACGAAGAAGAGCUUCAAGCAGUUCACAAGGAAGAGACAAGGGGCCCUGAGACGCAAGAUCCACCAGGUGAACGGACACAAGUUCAUGUCCACUUUCCUUCGUCAGCCCACAUUCUGUUUCCACUGCAGAGAGUUCAUCUGGGGUGUUUUUGGAAAGCAGGGUUACCAGUGCCAAGUGUGCACCUGUGUGGUUCACAAACGAUGCCACCAGCAUGUCGUCACUGUGUGUCCACGCAUGAAGAAGCCAGUGAAAGAACAACCCAUAAACCAAGGUUUCAGCAUCAACGUUCCUCACAUGUUCAACAUCCACAACUACAAGGCGCCCACCUUCUGUGACCACUGUGGCUCCCUGCUGUGGGGAAUAGUCAGGCAGGGGCUGCACUGUAAAAUCUGUAAAAUGAAUGUUCACAUCCGCUGCAAAGGCAACGUUGCUCCGAACUGUGGGGUCAACACUGUGGAACUGGCCAGUAAGCUGGCAGAGAUGGGUCUGCAGGCUGGAGGACUCUCUAAACGCAACUCAAUGGCCAAAAGUCAGAUGAGGGCCCCCAGUGAAAGGAGGGAGAGUAUGGGCACUCAGCAGCAGACUCCUCGACUGGGCAUCUCAGACUUCACGUUCCUUCAAGUCCUUGGCAAGGGCAGUUUUGGCAAGGUGAUGCUGGCGAGACUAAAUGGCAAAGAUCAGGUUUUUGCAGUCAAGGUGUUGAAGAAGGACAUCAUCUUGCAGGAUGAUGAUGUGGAGUGUACCAUGACGGAAAAGAGGGUGCUGUCACUGGCCCGCUGUCACCCCUACCUCACACAGUUGUACUGCUGCUUCCAGACGCCGGACCGUCUCUUCUUUGUGAUGGAGUUUGUGAAUGGUGGCGAUCUUAUGUUCCACAUCCAGAAGUCCAGGAAGUUUGAAGAGCCGAGAGCACGUUUCUACACAGCAGAGAUCACCUCCGCUCUCAUGUUCCUGCACAGCAAAGGCAUCAUCUACAGGGAUCUAAAACUGGACAAUGUUCUUCUUGACAAAGACGGUCACUGUAAGCUGGCGGACUUUGGCAUGUGCAAAGAGGGCAUAUUUGAAGGCGCAGCCACAGGAACUUUCUGUGGGACCCCGGAUUACAUCGCCCCCGAGAUCCUGCAGGAGAUGCUGUAUGGGCCCUCUGUUGAUUGGUGGGCUCUCGGGGUGCUCCUGUAUGAGAUGCUGUCGGGACACGCUCCCUUUGAGGCCGAAAAUGAAGAUGACCUCUUUGAAUCCAUCCUCAAUGAAGACAUUGUUUAUGCGUCUUGGCUCAGCGCAGAGGCCGUAAAUAUACUCAAAGCUCUCUUGACCAAAAACCCGGCUCGGCGUCUGGGCUGUGUGGCCUCAGAGGUCGGAGAGAGUGCUGUGACCAGCCACGCCUUCUUCACUGGUAUCGAUUGGGAGAAGCUGAAUCGUAGAGAAAUGGAGCCACCUUUUAAGCCCAGGAUCAAAACACCAGAAGACGUCAACAACUUUGACCCCGAUUUUACUCAGGAAGAGCCAACCCUCUACGCCAUCGAUGACCCUCUGAUCCCUCCGUUAACCAGGACGAGUUUCGUAACUUCCUCCUUACACCUCGCCUGAACUGCUGGAGAGCUGAGGGUCUCCUCUUGGAUCCACCAGUCAUCCUGCACUCUUUUCAGUGUCUGUAGCUUUUUCUAAAACAGUUCCAAGUGGUACUUGCAGUAUGAUGCUGUUACAUUCCCCAGAGACAUGAAGGUGCAAAUUGCCAAGGAGUCAGUCAAACACAUGCUCGACAAGAACUGUGGCUGCACCCGAUGAACUCUUAAGCAUUCCUAUAAUUCCCCAAAGAGUGGCGCGCGAUCAUCUUUCAAAAAUGACAUUUAGUUGGGACACAUUCAUUCAAGUCUCUGUAUGGAAAUGGUUUAUUUGACAUUUUGGUAUGUUGUAAACUUGUUUGGCAAAGGUGUACAACCUCAGUAUUUUAUUGUAUAUUUUGCUCUGGAUGAUUUUGUUUCUAGUUACUUCAAAUGAAAAAAGUACUUUUUUUUUUUUUUGGCAUAGUCUGUUUCAUUUUUGAUCUUACACUGGAAGAAAUAAUGAGCCAGCCGGCCAGAGUAUCCCAGUAAGGUUGAGCUGACAGUUAAAACCUGGAAGAGCUGAGUGAGCAGAUGAAAUAGUUUCUCAAUGAUGUGACCCUACUCUGGAAAAAAACAAGUACUCACCGACUCACACGCUCUGUCUAAAUGACAGUUAAAACAAUUACAGGGAUGAUUUGUCGAAGUAGCUCCAAGCCGUUUUGCAUAAUAGAUGAAGUUUAUUUUGUGUUUAUAGAUCAAACUCCAUAAGAAAACAUUGGCGUCCGUCUCAAUGAUUCUCCAUGUAAUUGAGUAAACCAGGCAUGUUUAGGAUUAUGCAACGUUCCAUCUGAGGUGAAAGCUCUGCUAUUAUGUGACGCAGAUAUCCCAAACUUUUGAGAUCACGCCACACGGGGCCAUAAGAACAAUGCUAGUAUGGUGUUUGCCAAUUGCCAUAUUCAAGUCUUGGUGUGUCUGAAGGUUUCACAAGAGCAACAGUAAUCAUUCAGUCUGCUGCGCUCUGCUUAUGCACACACACACACCACACACACACACACACACACACACACUCUUUCUCUCAACAAACGGAGCCAUUGACAGCUCCCAGGUCUGGGUAAUGAGAGCUCACAUGGGCAUUUUCAAACUAGCAAAUCCCAUAAAAGUUAUUGAAUACCCUCCCUGCUGAACACUAACACCACCCUCACUGUGAACAUAUUAAAAUUAGGAGGUAGAUGGAGAGAACUUAAAAUUGUAACCCUUCGGUAACUUUGCUCUCAUCAUGGUGGUGUCCUUCAACAGUUAAUUUUUUUUAGACUAAACAGGAAACCACACAGCGUCAUUACUGUUGCCUUUGAUUGAAACAGGAAGACACAAGAAGACAAGAAUUAGUCUUUUGGGACACUUUAAGAAAUGUGAAUACAGUAUGUGCUGUUGCUGACAACAAAAAGACUUUCAUUGAAAGGUAUAUUGUGUUCCCUUUGCUGAACUCUUCCUGUUAGUUUCAAGUUGGAAGUCUUCAGGCUCCACAUCACAUCUGUUUAUCUCUUCAACCCCUAUCCCGUUGAGGACUGUGGCUAAAUAUUGUAGAUUAGUGGCUUUAGAUACAUAAAUGCUUGUGUCUAAUCUGAAACUGGAACGCAGUGCUGUUUUGUUUUUACGGCAAAAAACAAGAGCUAUGUUUAUUUCCAUUAAAGUGAAAAAAGGAGACUAAUAAUGCAACUAAAGUUUUCUAACUAAUCCUGUUGAACAGCAUUUUAACUUUUAAAAGGGCAUUGCUUUCAGGGAUCCAAUAGCAUCCAACUAAUCUACUUGAAGCUUUCCUUAACAAAGAUGGGCCAUAGGAUUAAAUGACUUGAGUUUUUGUUUACCCAUUACCUGUUUGGCAGCUUUCCUCAAGUAAUGUCUGAAUGAGAGGAAAGAUUGAGGAGCCAUGUCUCAGCUUCUAUUACUGAGAUGCACUGAUGGCUGCCAGCAGUGCCUCUUCACUGCUUGAUUGAAACCCUGAAAGUUGCAAAAGAAGAAGGAAAAAAGACUCUGACAUUACCAGUGAUCCCCUGAAGAAAUCGUAAUGUUUCUUACUUGUUGGGCUUUUUGUGCAGCAACACAAAGUUCCAGAAUCCAAUCAGACGAUGGCCAUUGCAACAAUAACAAUGCAAUCUUUCUUGUACAUUUCAACAUUUCUCUUUCAAAUCAUUGUGGUGCUGUUGUUGUUACAGAGCACUCUCUUAUCUGUGUAUUUUCAUUGAACUCCCAAGUUUGUGCCACAAAAAAAAUCUGCAUAGCUUUUCAUAGUUUUUCUCACUAGAAAUAUGUUACAAAAAUAACAAUCUCACACCGUUUGCUAUUACAGAGAUAACCAGCCGAGCUUGGAAUAUACCAAUUUCACCUUGCUAGAGUGACCAAUAGUAUAGAAAAAGGUGUGGCUAGCACCUUAGACAACUUCCAGACCAUUGUAAAGUUAAUCAAAAUGAAUAAAUAAAUAAACAUUAUUUGA